CACUACCGUUAACAGUUUACUUUGCCGCUGGUGCCAGUUUUCCACCUGUCAUCUUGAAAGUGUCAGCAGUGGAUCAUUAAUCAUUGAUUAUAAUAGUGGCGCACAGCGUAGCUUUUAUCAGUAACGCCUAAACGAUAUGAUAAAAAUGCAGUGAGAAACUAGAAUUUAGACAGACUGCUCCCAAUAAAUGUAAAUUUGUUACAUAUUUGACGUAAGGUUCGAUUUUAGUCAACCUCCAUUUUUAGGAAGGGCUCGCCUUGGAUUUGACAAACAGUAUUAAUCUAGUAGGUACUGCAUUAUCAAGAUCGUAAGAUCGUGUGACUACUAGACAAUUGAUGGUGCUAUAAAAUUUGACACAUUUUCGACAAGUUGUGAUGUUAAAAAAAUCUCUUUAAGUUUGGCAUACUACUAAUGAGAUUGGCUGUGUGCUUUAAGCCCUAGAUAAUUUCGUUCAUUAGUUACGUGUAAAUUCAUUGUAAAUAUCAACUGUACUCAUACAUUAUCACCAACUUUAAAACCUGCUUAGGAAUUUAAACAAAUAAAUUCUUGUAAUUAAACUAUUGUGAACUUGAGUGAGACAUGAGUCGAGGACAAGUGGGAACACGUAUUCAAGUCCCCGAUGAGCUGCGUGAAGUUCUGCUUGAAUUUACUAUAAGUUAUCUCUUGGAGCAACCGGGUGAUGUUGUAUCGUACGCAUCAGACUACUUUACAAGACUUAGAGAAUCUCGAACAACGGCUAUCCUGUAUGAAAGGGAGGAAGGUGCCGAGGUUGUGUCCCCCGAUGAAUCUACUAUAUCCAGAGAAGAGGAACCUCCAAUAGGGAGAUUUGCCGGUCGUCGUAAGUCGGUAUUUGCGGAAACCUACAACCCAGAGGAAGACGAGGACGAUGACGGUACAAAGGUUGUAUUUCCCAAAUCGGAUGAGCAACGCCAGCAGCUCGCCGAGGCCGUCAAGAAUAUAUUAUUAUUUAGAUCACUGGAGAAAGAGCAAAUGCAGGAGGUCCUCGAUGCGAUGUUUGAGAGGAAAGUACAGAAAGACGAGUUGGUUAUUAAGCAGGGUGAUGAUGGCGACAACUUCUACGUCAUUCAAAAUGGCGUGUUCCACGCUCUAGUGGCGAGCGAUCCCUCAGAGGAACCGAAACACAUCCACACGUACGACAACAGCGGCAGCUUCGGAGAGCUGGCCCUCCUCUACAACAUGCCCCGUGCGGCGACGAUCAAGGCCGCCACCGAGGGUUCCCUCUGGGCCAUGGACAGGCAGACGUUCAGACGCAUCCUCCUGAAAUCCGCUUUCAAGAAGCGAAAGAUGUACGAGAGCCUGAUAGAGAGCGUGCCGAUGCUGAAGGCCCUGCAGGCGUACGAGAGGAUGAAUCUGGCCGACGCUCUGGUCCCCAGGACCUUCAGCGACGGCGAGAGGGUCAUCAAGCAGGGCGACGCCGCCGAUGGGAUGUACUUCGUGGAACAGGGGGAGAUUAUAAUUAGCGUGUUGGACGACAGCGGUAAGGAGGUGGAGAUUAACAGGAUCGGGAAGGGGGGCUACUUCGGGGAGCUGGCUUUGGUCACUCACCGUCCGAGGGCCGCCUCCGCCUUCUGCGAUGGCGAUGUCAAGUGUGCAUUUUUGGACGUAGAAGCGUUUGAGCGCCUGUUAGGACCCUGCAUGGAGAUAAUGAAGCGCAACAUAAACGACUACGAAGACCAAAUGCUCAAGAUAUUCGGCUCAAAGCAGAACAUGAAAGAUAUCCGAUGAAGCGGGCUUAGUCCCUACCAUUGACGAUAGCCCGGCCCCCCCCCCCUUACAUUAAUUUUUAAUUAUGCUAAGUAGUAAACCAAAGUGUUUACUGCACUACACGACUCUCGUGUCUAGUGUGGUGGGAAGCGGAACAGUCUACUAGUCAUGUGUAUAUAUAUAAAUAUAUUUAAUGUUACGAGACGAGACCCUGUGCUUUAUCGGUCGAUAUAGGUACCGGUGAUCUGCUGGUCAGAGAACCCGUGGAACCGACCCCUCUUCUCCAACUACCAUCCCGCCAUCUGUAUGUUGUAAUUUAAUCUAUUUAUUGUAUAUUGCAGCUGAUUUUCCCCAUCCGUUCCUUCCGAGUGAUUAUACAGAGUAAAUAUGAACGCACGUUGUUAAUGUAUUUUCUCUGACUUAGAUAAGUUGUUUUGUAAUGCAAAGUUUAUUGAGAAUAAAAGAAUAUUUAUAAUUUCGACGACUGGUACGAGUUUUACAGUAGUUGCGUUUGGUCGGUAGUCCCGAGUUGUUUUUGACGGAUUUUGUGAAGUCGUAGGUGCGAUCGAAAAUUUUUUUUUGUAAUAGAUUAAACAAUUUUUACUUGUGAAAUGGAAAUGCAAUUUUUUUCUUUUCAUCAUUUCGUCUUAACAUUGACUUGACGCCAAAUACAUAUUUCAAAACUUCCACGUUUUUAUUGCGCCAUUAAACCUGUUUUAUAUCUGCAAAUUAACCCAAUAAAUUGGUUGAGAAAUUAGUCAAGAAAUUUUUACGAUCCAGUAUACAUGUGGCAUGUUUUGACACACUACAACAAAUUGGCAAAUUUAUUGGUCAAAUUUAAAAUUGCCAACUCUUAAAAUAAAAAUCAGUCGUGAUGAUAGCAACGCACAGACCGGACAUAAACUCUAUCAUUAAUCGAUUUUUGAUCCAAUAAAUUGGCCAAAAAAUUGCCAGUAAAAAAAACUGUUUCCAAUUUAUUGGACAGUUUUUUUUUAUGAAUUUGACCAGUAAAUUAGAAUCAGUUCUGUUGUCCAAUUUCUUGGCCAAUUUGUUGCAAAAUUGAAGGCGAUGAAACCGUUUCUAAUUUAUAAGGUACAGGUUGUGUUUUACUGUUGCCAAGAUUGAUUUUUCUUCUAAAUGUUGGUAAAUUAAAUCUCAAAUUUGACCAAGAAAUUGGCCAACUGUUUGAACCACAUCAAAAGCUGCUACAAGUGCGGUAAAUUGGAAUCAGUUCUGUUGUCCAAUUUCUUGACCAAUUUGUUGAAAAAUUGAAGGCGAUGGAACUGUUUCUAAUUUAAAAGGUACAGGUUGUGUUUUACUGUUGCCAAGAUUGAUUUUUAUACUAAAAGUUGGCAAAUUAAAUCUCUCAUUUGACCAAGAAAUUGGCCAACUUUUUGAACCACGUCAAAAGAUACUACAAGUGCAGUAAAUUGGAAUCAGUUCUGUUGUCCAAUUUCUUGGCCAGUUUGUUAAAAUAUUGGAGACGAUAGAACUGUUUUUAUUUUAUAAGGUAUAGGUUGUAUCUUACAGUUGACAAGAUUGAUUUUUGUUCUGAAAGUUGCAAAAUUAAAUCUCAAAUUUGGCCAAGAAAUUGGACAACUUUUUGUAACACAUCAGAAGAUGCUACAAUGUUGUGUUUUACUGUUGCGAAGGUUGAUUUUUACUCUAAAAGUUGGCAAAUGAAAUCUCAAAUUUGACCAAAAAAUUGUCCAACUUUUUGAAUCAGGUCUAAAGAUGCUACAAGUGCAGCAAAUUGGAAUCAGUUCUGUUGUCCAAUUUCUUGCCCAAUUUGUUGUACAGGUUGCGUUUUACUGUUACCAAGAUUGGUUUUUAUUCUAAAAGUUAGCAAAUUAAAUCUCAAAUUUGAUCAAGAAAUUGGCCAAUUCUUUGUAACAUGUCAAAAAAUGCCACAAUUACAGCGAAAUGUGAUAAUUGUGAUUGAUUUAUUGAAACAUUGGUAAGUGUAAAACAGGCUUUAACAUCAAAUCCAAAUUAUUAAAUUAAAAUUCUACCGCAGAAUUUUGAGGAAUCGGAUUGUUGCUUCACUGUAUCAAGAUUCAAAAUUUGUGUGCUACAUUCACAGACAAAUUGAUGUAGCGAAUAUAUCCGAUUUCGUUUUUACUAAUUUGUUCAUAUAAAUAUUUAAUAUCAGGAUUUUUAAUAUCAACAUUAUGCUUUGUGUAUAUUGCCUUGAAUAUGUGCCAUGUGUGUAUUAUUUCGUUAACUUGUAAAAAGCCGUAAUUAUUGUAGACGUCAGUGUAAUUAAAUGGUCUCGAGACAUUUUGCUUCGUUUUUAAAUAAUACCUCGAGAGUUUUGUUGUGUAAGUCAACUUUUAUGAGAACUUUGCGUUUAAUUUUUAAAUCAUAUAAUGCUUUACAACUAUGCAAUAUAGUCUUACUUGAAUAUGAAGACUGGAAGGCUUAUAACUUUAAUAUAACUUACUUGACUUGCUGCGUUUCAGCAAUAAAAUUUACUAGUGCCAAUUUCGAUGUCUUAUUUAAUGUAAUAUGUUCGGAAGGUAGUUCGUGGUGUUUUAAUUUUAUUUAUUUUAGUUGCGUUGAAGAGGCUAGACUAAAUAAAAACGGAAUCUCUUAAAUUUAUUAUUAAAAAAAAUAUCAUAUAUUUCGACCCGUUACGGAGAUUCCUUUACGCAGUAUUGAGGUGUAUUAUUAUCAUUAGUAUUAGAUAAUCUAGUCUGAUGAGAAUUUCGAUAUUAAGUAUUAAAUAUGUGCAAACAUCCGAGAACGCUCUGUAUAUUCACUCAGUCAUAUACCUGAUCGGGUUUAACUGCGAACCUAUUUUCGUAAAAUUAAAAAAAAAAAUGAAUCUCGUAAUUCUUACAAUUAUUAUUCCUUAUGUACAAAUUUUUUGUUAUUUUUGUUUCUUAGUUUAAGGAAAUGUUUCGAUUUUCCAUGUGCUCCAAUGUUAUUGUUAAAUGUACGUAUUAGAGUAAUGCAAUUUACUUAUUUUAAAUUUAUCAUCUAUCUUACUGUAAAAUAAUUUAUUGAACCAAAAAAUCAUAAUUUGUGGCGUUUCAAACGGCGGUCGUUCGUCUGGAGCGCCGCAAAUUAUUUUUUAGACUAUAUGUAAGGCUGAACAAAAAUAUUAAUAUUAAAAAAAAAAUUGGAAUUUGCAAGAUAUUAAGAGUAAGUGUUUACUUUCAAAUUCGGGAGAUUUUGUGUACCGCUGAUUGAAAUUGUAUUCCGUAAACUCCGGAGGUGAAAUAAACGUUAACUCGUUCGCUUGUUAGACAAUUCCAAACAUGGCCAAUAAUGUUUAAAAAAAAUCGUAACGGGUUAAUUUUAUUUCACCCUCUGCAUCAAUUCAGUUAUUGCAACAUAUCACAUAAGUUCAGGUGAAAGGUUAUUUAAUGUAAUCGUUAGAUAUACAAUUUUUUUUGUUGUACGUAGGGUUUGUUAGACGUUUACUUUAUUUACGAGGAAGUUGUGGUACAUUUACAAAUUUACAACCAAUCGUUCGGAUAAAACAUUUGUCCAACUUAACUGAAUGAUAUUCUAAUCGAACCAUGUUUAAACGGCACCUGACCCGAAAAAAAGGACAUAUUUUAGUCAUAACUAGAGUUUGACAUUUUCGUGCAAUAUCAUUAAAAGUUUUUGUUAACAGUUUCCCUCGAAUAUGUGCGUUCAUCGGUAAAAGUGCCAUACAUUUUGCUUUAUCGAUCAUUACAAUUACAAUUUCUGUCAAAAUAAUACAAAUUAUACACUAUCAACCACAUAUAUCUGAAUAAUAACACACUGGGCAUAAAAAUUAGAUAGUGUAAUAAAAAUACCCAGUAUGGCAGCUGUAAGAGUCAAUUUCUAUGCAUUUGCACGACUUUUUAUUAGUAUUCCAUCACGGCGUAAAUCAAGAAAACUUUUAAUACAUUAUUAAUCUGAUUGGUACAGCUCGAGCGAGGAUUUUAAAAUUUCUCUAGAUGUAGCGGCCCAUACGAACGCCUAAAUCCUAAACAAAACGCAAGUCUCCUUCCACACACUGUUUUAAUUUUGCACCAAAAUGACAAACUACAACUCUCUUCAAAGAGAAUGAAAAAUCAAUCAAAGAAUCUGGAGUCUUUCCGAGACUUAAUCAAAUAAUUGUCAGCUUUUUUCAUUGAAGCUUUACUCGUUAAAUUACAGCAGCAUGGGCUUGCUGCAAUGUUUGCCACUAGUAGUUGCAGAUUAAGCCACUAGAGGCUCCACACGUUCUUACACACAAUAAACACAUAUUCUUACUUUUACGUCAUCACAUUGAGAAGUUAGAAAUAUUCAAGAGUUUUGAAAACAUAACUGUGACAGAAUGUGUAAAUUUAAGAGAAUUUUUAUGAUAAUUAACAAUAUUGCGAGAAGAUUGUGCUUUCAAAGCAUCUGCAGAACAGUAGGUCAUUCUGCCAGUAGGUACAAAGUACUACUUUGUGCUAGUAGGCAUUGAGUACCAAUGACGUUUAAGAUACGACAUAAUUUCGAGGUUAAAUCUCACCCGCACUUAACAGAAUAUUUAGAUAAUUUAAUUCAUAAUAAUGCUCUAUAACGUGCCUUUGCUUAAAGAAAAUAUAAUUAACUUAUUAAAUGCAGUAAUUGGAAUACACUCAGCGAUAUGAUUGAAUUCCAUUGGAAAAAAUAUGCUGAAUUACAACAAAAGUUGUAUUUAGAAAUAGAACGAUGUAGCAGCAACGUAUUUUUGGUUCUAAUAAGACUGAAAACUGAACAAAUAAAAUCAAAAAUUAAAUAUCAAACGUAUUUAUUCAGGGUGUUAUAAAAAAAAGUAAGACGAAUAGGGGGAGUUCCCCAAAGCCACUUUUUAUUCAGGCACUGUCGAAGACAUUGGGAUAAACCGAAAAUCAACAAAUUCUUACAGGAAUUAAUGAAAUUAAAGAAAUAAAUGCUUAAACUGAAAAGAAGACAUUUGAAGUACAUUGGAAACAGUUUGGGGAUAAACAGCUACUAUAACUGACUUUUUCAGUUCAUGUUUCAAUUUUUUUAACCAAAAUUUCAGGAAAAGUGUGCGAGAAAAGCAAUUCCAUACAAAAUUAUAACUGAAUAUCUUCGAACACAACAGAGCUAUUAAUAGAAAUCUUUUUUAAUUUUAACAUACUGACUUGACUUGACCAACUUUUUUGUAACACCCUGUAUAACGAGUUGGACAAAAAUUAGCGUCAUUUUCGGCAAAUGUAUUCCGUGUAAUAUGUAAGAAUACCUAAUACAUGUUUAUGAGGAAAAAAAAUACAAAAUUAGCUAUUUAUGGCAUUAGCGUUUCGUUCUGGAAUCGCUAAACACUUAUUGUUUGGGAACAACAUAAAUGUUAUAUUUUUGAGAAAUUUGCACAAGUUGAAUAUAUUAAAUAGUCUAUAUUUAUUAGAUCUUAAAAAUAUUUUCUUAAAAUAUUCAUAUCCGUAUAAUUUUUGGAACAAUAAAAAUAAAGGACCACACAGAAAUCUUAUGCGACAAAUUUUGGUUAAUUCGACUGAAAUUGGAAUUAAUUUCAGUGGGCACUAAAAGAGCUUUGAAAAGUAGGCGCAGAUUUGGUUUUUAUAUUUACAUAAAGUUGUCCGAGGUAACAAUUCUAUCUGACGUACACUCUCCUAAAUUGUAAUUAAAAUUUACCACCUUCAAGACAAGGUAGCAAUAGAUUCGGCCUUAUGGAUGCGAAUAUAAUUUAGUUUAGGUCCUGGUCUACCUUUCGGAAAGUUGAAAGUUUCUCGCGUACGCUUAUAAGAGAGCAUGUAGCGAACCGAGUAGUUGCAACGUGCUUCCGCCGGAAGAAACGUUUCACUUUCCGAAGCGGUGCGACAGACUUGGAUUAGUGAUUAAAUUUGAAUUUAAAAUUUAAGACAAUCAUUCGUAUAGGGUAUCUUUAUUUAACGACCUUAAGGCAAUGUAACAUUAUUCGUCCGGUACCAAUUUUGCUAAUGGCUGUUUUACGUUGAGAAUCUAUUCGUGAAUAAAUUCAUGACUUUCUUCUUCAGUUUCUUCAUCGAUAUCUUCAUAAAGCGUUUGGUUCUAAGCUUCGUGAAGUUCUUUGAAACAAAAAUAGCUACUUCGAACUUUGCAAGCAAGUCAUAGUAAAUAAAAACAAAUUGAAUAAAUUUUCUUGAAUCCGUUAUUUUUUUAUUAGAGAACAUAAAAAUAAAUUUAAUUGUACUUUACCAAUUCAAGGAUCACUAUAAAAAUUUGCUGAAGUGAUUACGUAAACAAAUAACUUUAUCUCACUAUUUUUGUUGGCACGUCGUGAAGAAAUUCAGGAAAAUUAGAGCUUUAUGAAUAAAACUAUGAAGAUAUCACAUUUGUCCAACUUUUUCGUGAAUUAAUUCAUGAAGAAACGUAAAACGGCUGUAAUUUUUCUUGACUGAGAGAGUUUCGAGUCUAACAAAUUCUACCGAGGGUAAUUUAGCACAAUUUCUAAUAUUUAAAUGUGUAGGUAUAGAUAAGUGUAACAAGUAGUGGCUUACCUGUCAGUUCAUAAAUAUUCUUGAAGAGAGGUUAUUAGCAAUCUAACAGAAUGGAUUAUCCUAUAUGUUGUUUGUCAAGUUAAAUGUUGAUUGUUUACAUGGUAUGUGUUACCUCCCAGUCAUUGAAAAACUGCAAUCUUCGUAUAUUUCAGAUUACGCGCGAGUAUGUAAACAAUUUCGCCAGGGUAGUUGGAUAUCCAGCGUUUCGGCAUAUUAAGAGAAUUUAAAAUUUGAUUUUUUCGCUUUUAUCAGCAGGAUUGCCUCGAUUUAACAUUUGCCAUGGUUGCAAGCUUUUUUAAACGUGUGUUUUUGUAAACUAUCAAAUUAAACCAUUAGGCAACAUAUACAGGGUGAUUCACUGCAAGUGUUAAACAGUCCGAAGAUAGAACAUGAAAAACGUAAAUUUUUUAUUGGAGUUCAAGGAUUUUUUUUGGUAUACACCCUAAAACAUCGUGCUUUGCUUAAAAAUAUAUUGCUUUUCAUUUUUUUACUCGCACUGAAUCGCCCUGUGGAAGAAAAAUUGCAAUUUCACUGGAUGGGAAAGAAAUACGCGAUGGAUAUCGAAUUGUCCCGGACCAUCUUUUUUGUAAAUUUUAUAUUGUACUUCUACUACUUCUCAGAAAUUACAGUAUGAUACGCACAAUUUUACUGAGUUGGGUAAGUUUAGCGAUAUAUCGGUGUGUCAUAUUGUAACUUUUAUUCUCAAAAAUCUCUUCGCAUAAUUUUAUGCAUUUUUGUGUAUUGUAUAAAACUUAAGACUUUAUUUGUACACAGUAUAAGUGUUUUGCCAUGUCACAUGCCAUAUUCUAAACACUGAGCCAACUUGCUCGUCCUGUCUUGGGAUUCCUUAGUCAUAUGUACUGCUUCCACAAUUAUGACUAAAUGAGCUUAUUGAAUAAA